AUGUCGAGCAACAUACAAACCCUAACAAAAUGGAUGCCCGCGAAAAUAGUAGACUACAGCGGAGCGUACGACAGUUGCAGGGAGCUACACUCGAAGGGUCUUCGGCUGAUUGAAAAAAUCUCGUACGUUCUAUCGAACGAAGACGAUAAAUUCGAUCCCAAAAUCAAGGAUAUAGCCGAAACGCUGCUCAAAGUCGAAGAGAAAUUCGCCGACUGCUUUCGGGCAUUGCAAAUUGAACGAGAGCACGUUUCCAUUACGAAAAAAUUUAAAUCGCUGCGCCACCUGGCGUGGAAAACGAAACAGAAGCUCUGCUACGUCCUCCGAGCGUUGAUAAACGAGCUCGCGACGCAGUUCGUCUUCUCGGAAGGAGGCGUUACGGUCGUCAUGCUGAGACUCGCGACAUCGUACAACAAUUUGUUGGCGAUGGAUGCGAAAUUCAACGUUCCGAGAAACGGAAACAGCGUGUGCAAAAACACGUGUCCUUACCUCCUGUUUCCGUUGAAGAAGUUUUCGGUGACGAGGUUCUUGCACGCGCUCGCCCGCAAAAGGGCGGAGCUUUGCUCGCACAAACUGAUCGACUGUCUCCUCGACACGUACAAGACGUACGACGGCUCGGACGACGACAGCGGCUCGGACAAUUCUAGCCUCGAAAUAUAUUUGGCGCUGACGAAACACAUGUCCCCUCCCGCGAAUGCCGAACCACCUGGCGAGAAAACGAUGAAAGACGACGCGGUAAGCGCCGCCGCCGAAAGCCGUGCCAGUUUCGCCAACAUCGACGAAAUAAUAAUGCACGAGGAUUCUAACGUCACCGAUUUAUUAAACGCGACGUUAGGCGUGUGUCCCGCGAUGUUAGGGCCGGACGGCAUCAAAAAAUCUAAGUCCACAGGGGAGUCGAAGGUAAGUAAGACAGCGGCACGCAAAGUCGCGGACUACUACCAGCGUAUUCUGUGGUCUGAGGUCGGCAGCCAUUUGGAACACGUCAUCUUAUGGUGGGCCCCAAGCCCUUUGGCCGCCCGACCGCCGCGAUCUAGCCAACACUUGCGAGAGUGGAUCAACCAGUUUAUACCCACAGCGGACAUGCCUCAGUCGGUUAUAUCGGCGCUGACGUGUCUGGCCGACGCUUUAGGAGUCCACGUUACGUCGACGCUCUGGGAUCACAGUUUCAGGCGGGCUUUGGUCGCGUCAAAAAAGGACUACGACGGCGUCACCGGUCAACUUUUCACGAACGUCAUGGAAGAGCUGGUGUGCUUGAGCAAUUUGUGCGAAGUGACGCCUGACUGGAUAGUGGGGGCCCCGUUGGACGAGCUUCCGCUCGUCGAACAAAUACCCGUGCUCCACAGACUAGACCACAGCGUACACACGGCCCGGUUGUGGGCUUUGAGAGAAUGCCGGAAGAGGGCGAACGGUUGGGACGUUCGCGCGUUUUUUAGCAUCACGCACAGGGACGUCGCGAACUGUCUGACGCAGUUGGGCGGCUUGAGGACGAACGAUCACGCUUUGGAGGUCGAAAAGGGGCAGCUGGGGGUACACGUGGAGGUGUGCACGUUGAUGAGGGCCAAGCUGGUGUCGGAAGUGAAGGAAAACGCGGCAAAAUUGAAGGACACUCCGAAUCAGUGCGUGGAGUGUCUGGCGUCGAUUUGCAAGACGAUAAACCUGGCCCACUUGAAAAUGAUAUUUCCUGGGAAGAGAUUCUGGAAAGGCGGAGGCGCGGUAGUGCCGGAAGCGCCUUGCGGUUACGUCAGAUCGUAUCUAGAGAAAAUGCUGAUCCCGGUGCUUAGGACGACCGCGGAUCAUCAGAUUUGCAACAUGGUGCUGACGCUGGUGUGCGAGUCCUGGCUCGAUCACAUCUACGCCAACAAGAUAAAGUUCUCGAGUUGCGGCGCGUGGCAGUUGCUGUGCGACUUCGCGUCCGUUUCCGCUUGGAUAGAAGAAUGUCCGGUUAUAGACCAAGCGACGAGGAGGACGCUGCUGAAGAACGAAGUGCUGAAAAGGUGUGAAGGCGUCGGAAAAUUGCUGCUCAGGAACCCCGGCGAACGCAUCAGGAUGAUCGACAAACAGUUGAGAAGGAAGUCGGUUUCAGACCACUCGUCGGAAGAGGAAAGCAAGGAACACAUGCCGGCUGAAAUGUACGUGCCGAAUCAGGAACAGUGGCUCGAAUUGCGUGCCGCGCGCAACAAAUUCACUUUUAACCCUCUCUGUUGUUAAUAAAGUGUCAUUUCAAAACCUUGUUUCGUUUCGACUGUUUCAUCCCCUAGACAAGAUAUUGGUCCGUUGCGGUGUUUAUUCGAACAGCGAUAGAAAAUAAUUGGUAACGUAAUUUCACAGACCUCUCGCGCAUGCCUCUACAUUUCACCCACUAACUUGCAAAUAGUGCCAUUUCUUCGUUUUUCUUUGUAAACAGCGAUUUCCACCUUUAACGAAACACACGCAUAUUUGAACAAAA